CCGCUUCAACGUCAUAUGCAUCUCGAUUCACGAUAGCGAACACCCACGGCGGGGGUCACAAUGCCUCCAGCUACCGUUACCUUCUUCCUGGCGAGCCGGGGCGAGCUACGAGCCUUCCAACAGCUUCCGCGGCUCCGGCAAACUCUUCCUCCUGGACAAUCGUACUCACGUGCCUCGUGCUCUUGGUCACAUACCAAGGCGUCUCAGCGUCUUCCGCGACCAAUACGCUCCCCAGAAAGAUGGAAAGGUACUGGCCCUGUGAGGUUGACAUUCAGCACGUCAAAUAUUCGGAGAGAGCCCGAGGAUGGAGAGAAACACCAACCGAAAGCUACGCCUCCUCCGGUCACAGAAAAGCAGCAGAAAACCCCCACAAAAACCGCGAAACUCACAUCCACCCUAAAAGCUAAACUCCCAAGCCUCCGUCACGAGAACAUCUACAACCUCCCCAACUUCCUUACUUUCAGCCGCCUCCUCGCAACUCCCUUCCUCGGAUACCUCAUCAUCCACAACCACCAUCUCUACGCCUUCUCGCUCUUCGCCUACGCCGGGAUCUCCGAUCUGCUCGAUGGCUGGAUCGCGCGCCGCUGGAAACUGCAGACCGUCGUCGGCAGCGUGGUGGAUCCAAUGGCCGACAAAGCCCUCAUGACGACGCUGGUCACCUGUCUGGCGAUUAAUGGAACUUUAUCGCUGCCGCUUGCGACUUUGAUUCUGGGCAGAGACGCUAGUCUCGCCCUCGCAGCCAUCUACUUCCGCUACGCUUCCCUCCCACCUCCGAAGACAAUGGCCCGAUACUGGGACUUUUCCCUCCCCUCCGCAGAAGUCCACCCCACCACCAUCUCCAAACUGAACACCUUCCUCCAACUUGGCCUCAUCGGGACCUCUCUCUGCGUCAAUCUUCUUCAUGACCCUGCCGCCGUGUCCUCCUCUGCCGGUCAUCUCCUUCUCUCGGCUCAAACCGCGCUGGGAGGACCAGAAGGUGUUGAUAGAUUGGUCAAUGGGAUGAGUGCGGUGGUGGCGGGUACGACGAUUUAUAGCGGGCUAAGCUAUGUGUGGACAAAGAGCGCGGUGAAGAUCUUGGGGCAGGAUGAGGACUUGAAGAGAAAGCAGGGACUCCGAGGACGCAUGAUUAUUGCGGCGAGUUUCGGAAGUGUGAUUGCGCUUGCGGGGGUGUUGUGGUGGAAAGGGGAUGGAAUGAAAGACGAGGUUAAGGAGACGGAUCAGAAGUAAUGAAUGUGUUUGCGAACUGGUGGUCUGGAGGGAUUCAGAUGAUCCGACUGACUUAGGAGGCUUUCUGUAUUAUACUAGGUUUGGUAUCUACUUAGCCGGGGUUUCUGCAUGUGUAUUAUACAAGUUUUUCUACGC